CAAAUAAAAACAAGAUAUUCAUAAGCCAGCAUGACCACAGGAAUCCUUCUCCAAUGUCCUAACAACAAAAUCUGAGGUUCUUCCCCUAAUGGUACUUGUCCAAUCCUCCAAACUCUCUCUCCCUUCCUCUUCGACUCAGACAAACUCCUUUCUUCUGGAGCCAAACUCUCUCUCUCUAGCCUUAAUGCAUUCUGAUUCCUCCCUCUCUCUCUUUCCUUCCCUUCCCUUUCCCUCCCUUACCUCUCUCCCCUCCAAACCCCAAACCCUAAUCCCUCCUCCCUCCUCUUCGUCCUCCUUCAUCCUCCUCCACCACCAUCACCUCGCUCACCCCAGAGUUCUCUUCCUUGUUGCUGGCCCACAUAAGGGUGGCUCCCAGAUCCUUCUCAGGUUCUAUAUUCUCAAGAGUAACAAUGUUUUCAGUAAGUCUCAAGUUGUUUGCAACCAGAAGGGACUUGGGUUUGAUUCAAAGUUUGGAGUUUUAGUGGAUGUGAAUCAUGGGGUUUCGAUAAAGGUUGUUGGGUCUAUUAAUUUUUUUGUCAUGUAUUCAGUUUCUAACCGGAAUGUUUGGGUUUUUGCAUUGAAACCCAUUGGUGAUGGUGACGGUGAUGGUGUUGGCGAUGCGGUUAAAUUGAUGAGGUGUGCUGUCAUUGAGUGUUGUCUGCCGGUUUGGUCCAUUAGUAUUUCUUUUGGGUACUUGAUUUUGGGGGAGGAUAAUGGAGUUAGGGUUUUCAAUUUGAGGCAGCUAGUGAAAGGGAAUGUUAAGAGAGUUAAGAGUUCAAAUUCAAAUGGGAAUUUGGAUUUUAAUGGGAAAUUGGACAGUAAAGGGUUGAGAUUGCCAAAUGGGGUGAUUGGAGGUGAUCAUCAUAGUAGUUCAAUUGUUUGCAAUGGUUCCCUGGAUGCUAAGAUUGAUAAGCACUAUGUUUCAGUUAAGCAUAGGUCUGUAAGAUGUAGACAUGAUUCUGGUGAAGGGGGUGCAUGUUUUGUGGCCUUUAAGAGCAAAGAGGUCGAAGGCUCAAAAUCAACUGUGAAAGCAGUUUCCAUCCAGGCACUUUCCCCCAAAAAUUUUAUGAUUUUGGACUCUACUGGAGACUUACAUAUGUUGUGCCUGUCUAACCCUGUUGGUGGAUCAAACAUCAGUUCGCACAUGAUGCAUUUGCCUCACAGUAUGAAAGUGCAAAAGUUGGCUGUUCUUCCUGAUAUUUCUUCAAGAAUUCAAACUUUCUGGAUAUCAGAUGGAUUCCACUCGGUGCACAUGAUGACAGCAUCUGAAAUGGAUCCUGUUAUUAAAAAUGAUGGAGAUGAGAGUCAGGAAAAGUUAAUGCAAAUCUCAGGUUUUUUUAUUCAAGCAAUAUUUGCUGCUGAAAAGAUACAAGAUCUUGUUCCAUUGGCGGCAAAUGCCUUUCUGAUUCUUGGACAAGGAAAUGUAUGGGCUUAUGCAAUUCCUUGAAGUUACUUUGAGCAUCUCUUUUUUAAUGUUUUGUAGGAAGUCUAUUUUCCAGGUCAUGUUAGAUGGUUGUCACAGUUUUAUGGAUUCCUGGAUCAAUGCUCCCAUACAGUGAAAUCAGAAGCCAUUUGAUGCUUGUCAUGGAGUAUUGGAUCUUGAAAGCUGAGUCCAUUCUACAACUCUAAGCCACUUGUGCUGUACAACCAGCUUCCAUGAGUUGAAGAAAAUCUGCUGCAGGCUUAUGCUUUAGCUGUUUUGGCCUUUGCAGAGUUGGCAUUGUGUCUCAUUUUGUUGACCAGAGGACCAAACUGAUCGUGAAGAGGGUAAGAUGCGACAUGUCGAUUUGAUGUACUGUUGCAAGACUAGAUUCAGUUGUUUGACUGUCAACAUUUGUCGCCCACAUAAACAUGUAGCUUGACUUGUGGUUUCUCUCUUCUUCUGUUGAGAUGCGAGAAUCUAUUGUCUUAUGUUUGUUUCUGAUAAACCUAGACUUCCACCAUAAUUUUUCCAUACAAUAUUAUCUAAUAAUCAAUCUUUUGCAUGGUUGCA